AUGUCGUACCUUCAGAAUCAGCUCAAAAGCUUCAACGCUAGCGUGGUUGAAUCGGCAAACCGCAUGCCCACACAGCGCCGUGUGGCCACCAACCAACCCACGCCUGCGUCCGGCACCCAGAUUCCAUCUUCCGCUCCGACACCGUCACCCUCCGUCGACUUGAAAAAGAAGCGCCAUGACCCAGAUAUCGUAUACUCGCAGCCCGCCAACACCGGCACCGGAAAGGAUAUUAUGACCCAGGUGCUCUUUGCGAUCGAGCACAUGAAGAACAAGAACGUGCCGCUCAGAUUCUCCGACAUCAUCUCGUAUCUGUCUCUCCAGAGUCGCGCUCAUGACCAGGGCUAUGUCCAAGCCCUUCGGAGGAUUUUGCAGGCGCACGACAAGGUCGAGUUUGACGCAAGUGGUGCCAACGGCGAGGGCACUUUCCGGUUCCGUCCCACUCACAACAUCCGCAGCCCCGAGCAACUUCUGCAGCACCUGCAGAACCAAAAGACCGCAUCUGGCAUGAGUGUCCGCGAUCUCAAGGAGGGCUGGCCAAAUGCCGAAGAAGGGAUCAACCAGAUGGAGAAGGAAGGAAAGCUGCUCGUGACCCGGAACAAGAAGGACGACCACCCCAAAAUGGUAUGGGCCAACGAUCCGUCUCUAAUCGAGCAUUUCGACGAUGAGUUCAAGCAGAUCUGGGAGAAGAUUAAGAUCCCAGACCCAAACCAGGUGAAGGAGGAACUUGAAAAGUUCGGCAUUACGCCUACCAACAAGAACAAGGUUGUUGGGCCUCGGGUCAUUGCGCCCUCUCGGAAGGCUAAGAAGCCGCGUCGCAGUGGAAAGACCACCAACACACACAUGACUGGCAUCCUGAGAGACUACUCGCAUCUCAAGCGGUAG